AUGUUGACCCCAGCUAACGCGCACUACCGCAGAUUCCUAAUCGCGCUCUUCUUCAUCAUCGACAAGGUCAAGCCUUACCACCAGCCCUUCUCCCUGCGGAACUACACCCUCCACUACCCCUACGCCGUCCACGAGCGAAUCCCGGUAUUCUACGCAGCCAUCAUCUGCGUCGUCUUUCCCGCCGUCGUCAUUAUCGUCUACACUCUGGUCAUAGAUGGACUCUUCUCGCACCAGACGCCUAUGCCCGCGGAUAGGGCAGGAGGGUUGAAGCGCUUGGCAGGCAGAUAUAGGUUCAAAGACAGACUGUGGGAGCUCAACUGCGGUAUUCUCGGCCUGAUGUUGAGCAAUUGCGCGGCCUUCACAAUAACGGAGGAUAAAGGCGCAUUGAAGAAUGCCAUUGGCAAGCCUCGGCCAGAUCUCAUCGACCGUUGCCAGAUCAAACCGAACAUCGAACUCCCUGGCCUUGACAUAAAAGACUUCCGACUAGCCACAAGCGACAUUUGCGGGCAACAGGACAACUAUAUCCUGCAAGAUGGCUUCAAGAGCUUUCCUUCUGGACACAGCAGCACUGCAUUUGCCGGUCUUUUCUUCCUCUCUAUGUACCUCGCUGCAAAGCUGCAUGUCAUGGACGCAAAGGGAGAAGUGUGGAGAACCUUCAUCGUCAUGGUUCCCACGCUUGCCGCUGCCCUCGUCGCCGGCAGCCGCAUCAUGGACGCCCGCCACCAUCCUUUCGACGUUCUUUCCGGUAGCGCUCUCGGCAUUCUUGUCGCCUGGGCCUCCUAUCGGCAGUAUUUCCCACCAAUAUCAGAGACGUGGCGCAAAGGCCGCGCGUAUCCGAUCCGUAGUUGGGGCCGCGGACCAGCUCCUCCUCCAAAUCCUACAUUCCAGGUCGAGGAAGACGUGCAGCCACUGCGCCCAAUGCGAAGACCUACGGAUGAAGAGCGAGGAGCAGCAUCUGGCUUCUCGUCCGAGACAGCAGUUGCAGGACCUGAUGAGCACGGCGGCAAUGUUUUCCGCCAACAGAUAUCGCAGUCACAGCGCCGACGGCAGCAGGACGCACCGUUUGCUAUCCAGCAUAGCGACACUGCGGGAUCGACGUAUUCACAGCAAGUUUCUGGAUACCGAGGCAAUCUGCCAGCGUCAAAUCCAUUCGCUACCGAGCCACGCCGCCAUGAUACAUAUGAUUACUCUUCGUCGGAAGAUGACGAUAACUAUGAGUUACAGCAGACAUAUGGGCUUUCAGCUCCACAAAGCGGAGGCGUGUAUAAUCCUGUCUCGGGGACCAUGACCGAUACGGGAUACCAUCCUACGCCCGGUAUCUCUCCGAAUCCAACACCACCUCCUCCCGCCAACCUUACCGCAGCUCCGCGGCUUCCAACCGCAACCUCCCCGACUGGCGACCUAGGAGACAGACGGGAAGGAGCACCGGCUCCGCCACCGCAUGCGGUAGGCACAACUCCUCAGCAGGUAUAG